ACCACCAUGUCCUUCGUGCGCGCCCUCGUCGCCGCCGGUCCCUCUGCCAGGCUGGCCGCUGGCCGUGUCACCGCCUCCCACAUCACCCUUGCCUACCGAUGGCACUCCACUGGUCCCCGCGACCCUCUCUUGAACAGCCAGCCCAAGACCCCCCUCGAGGCCGAAGCACCCAUACGCUCUCCACCGGUGAAGACAUACUCUGCCGCGGACGAGGUCGGCAAGGACUAUGACCCGUAUAAGGAUGGUCCGAGUGCCAUUGACAAGGCCGUGCACUUGUUCUUUUUCACCGAGAUUAUCAGAGGCAUGUGGAUAGUCAUGGAACAGUUCUUCCGGCCACCGUACACCAUCAUGUACCCCUUUGAGAAGGGCCCUCUGUCGCCGCGCUUCCGCGGAGAGCAUGCCCUUCGCAGAUACCCAAGCGGUGAAGAGCGCUGCAUCGCUUGCAAACUGUGCGAGGCCAUCUGCCCUGCGCAGGCCAUUACCAUCGAGAGCGAGGCCCGAGCCGACGGCUCACGCCGGACCACUCGCUACGAUAUUGACAUGACGAAGUGCAUCUACUGUGGUUUCUGCCAGGAAGCCUGUCCAGUAGACGCCAUUGUCGAGACACAAAACCAGGAGUUCUCGACAGAGACUCGCGAGGAGCUCCUCUACAACAAGGAGAAGUUGCUCGCCAAUGGUGACAGAGCGGAAGCAGAGAUCGCUGCGAACCUGCACUCGGAUCAUGUCUACCGGUGACGCGCUGGAUAGAGGGUUGCGAGUCGGAGGCGUGGAGGCACCUUCCAGCCGCCACAAAGCUGAUGCCAUAUGUUCUCAACACGUAAUUCGAACCCGUUUUCUCAGGUUUCCCCGCUAAGGGUCCUGUG